AUGAUGCCGUAUUUUUGGAGGCACGUUGGAUUGGGUAGAUCACAACAUACCCCACCCACGGAUGUCGAGCAGGGUAACCCUCCGCAGGCUCCGCAAGCUCCGCUCGAUCAAUUCCCCAAAGGCUUUCCAUCGUUGACAGCUUUCAUCUCCAGCAACGCCAAAUCUGAAAGCUUCAUCUUCAAAAGAUUUGACUAUCUUGCAGCAAGGAAUCUACUCUAUCUUCAGAGCGAACUGGCCUUUCUCCAACAUCGAUUGCAGCAAUUCGAUAAAGCAGACUACAAAGCAAAAGGCGACAGCGGUCAAGAGGCUAGGGAUUGCGCGCGUUCCUGGGAGGAGUUCGAACGCAAGAAGAACAGCAACGACGCACAGCGUGAACGCUGGGAAUUGGUUCACAGGAUCCGAGAAACGUUGCGGGAAUAUCAGAAGACACUACUCAGACAAAGCCAAACUGCCGCGCUAGAGACACCUUCGCAUAAAGUGCUCGAGGCUUUCAACAGGGAGUUCUACGACAACAACUCUGCCAUAGUUGGCCGCGGCAAACACAUUUACGAAGACAAAGGGUCAAACAUCCAAGACCUCGCACAGUUGCACUCUACAGAGAGGAAGGAUCGUGUGAGCACUUUCCUUUUGAAAUACAUGUUCAACUGGCUACAGGUACGUGAACUGCUGCGUGUCCUGCUUUAG